AUGAAAACAUUCAACCUCUCAAUACUUGGUGUUUUUGCCAUUGCAAGUUUUGUGGUUGCUCAGCUGGAGUCGCCUGAGGAUUUUUGCAAGAGAACCGCGGGACCAGAUUACGUCCCUAAAAAUGAUGCAAAUGGUAUUUUCCAGGGUGAAUGCGAAACCUCAGCUAUAAGCGUCUGUCUAGGAACUGAAUUUACACAUGCUAAGACUGGCGUCACAACUUGCUGUCUCCCACCCAACACUGUCAAGUCUGCUAGUGGGAAACAAGGCUGUUGCCCACCAGGCAAGAAUUUCAAAUGGGAUGGCACGACCCCCUCCUGCGUCACGCCACCACCACCCCCUCCCGCUAUCUCUUGUCCAGCUUCCAACAUGAAAGUUGUGAAUCGCAAUGGGCAAAACUUCAGAAUCUACUGUCAGCGUUCAGUGAUGGUAUACACGCAUCCUUGGUUAACCACCACUUCUUAUGGCAUAUACAGAGCCAUACAGGGCCCUGAACUGAUGACUCAUAAUUUCGAGACUUGUCUACAACUUCUCGCGUCGAAUGGGCGAUCUAAUGGAGCCAAUUUCUGGCCUACAAUAGGAUUGUGCUCUGUAGUUGACACGCCGCCUGGAAAUUUCUUUAAGGUUGGAAGUCGAUAUGAUGUACCACCUCCUCCAUACAAUGGACCACAGAUGAUGUCCAUGGUAGCGGUACCCAAGCGUGCUUAUUAG